GUGAUAUCAUUCAUGUUUGUGUGUACAUUCCUUCAUAUUGACUUUCCAAAGACUCGGAGGAACACAUGGACAUGCUUGAAUAUUAUUCCUUCAAAGGAUUGGUUUAUAUGGGUCAAGCGUCGGCCCGUAACUACCAACAUUCUUCACGCCAUGGAACCUUUAACAUUCACAAGCGUGUCCGCCUGUAGCUUAGUGGUAUUAACUGAACUGUUUCCUGUCAGCCAAGCAGGUCGUUGGACAUCAUUGUACCACCUGUAUCAGUUGUCAGUCAUCCAGUUUUAGGGGAGGAGUCUUGUAAGCCUGAUACUCACAACUCUUUUGACGUGGUUGAGAUAACUUCACAAAACUAUUACAGAUUAGUGGUACCAACUGAACUGUUUCUUGUCAGUCAAGCAGGUCGUUAGACAUCUUUGUACCACCUGUAACAGCUGUCAGUCAUGCAAUGUUAGGGGAGGAGUCUUGUAAGUCAGAUACGUACGUGGUUAAGACUUCCCAAAAUUCCUACAGCUUAGUUGUACCAACUGAACUGUUGUCAGUCAAGCAGGUCGUUGGACAUCUUUGCACUACCUGUAUCAGCUGUCAAUCACCGGCCCGACGUUAGGGGAGGAGUCUUGUAAGCGUGAUACGUUUUGGAUGUGGUUAAGACAACAGUCUUUCAAAGGUAAUUAGGACGACAACUUGAGACAGGGAUAGACCACGCUGUACAGAAUUACUACUUCAGAUUUGCGACUCGAGAGGCGUUAAGAGUCCUAAGACGUUUUCCCAUGAAAGAACCUGGAGUUGCGCGACAGGUGAUAUGGUUCAUGCCGUGUAACGGUACUACAGGAGCAGUGUACCGUGCCGGAGAGAGGUCUAUGCAACAAAACUGGUGCCUCGAGGCUAGCAGGAUGUUCUACAACCCGUAUAAGAAAAUGUCGUGUUAUACGUACAUGUACAGUCUAGCGAUGAUGAUGAUGUGAUAACUACAACGACAAACGGAUGGAAUUCAGUGGGGUAGGGAUUCAAAAUGUGCAAUCAGUUCGAAAAAGCCCCUCCCAACAUGGCGGAUACAACUUGUGUGCGGGUUCUCUUAGACUCCGAGCCGUCCCAAGACGUACUGUGCUUCUGUUCGGACCUCCGAGCUCGCAGUGACGCACAUGUCGUACAGGGGUGGGCUCUAGUCCCGCACUCCAGGAGAAAACAACCACAGACAUCGGCAGGUAAACUCACGAAGUACAAGCAACCAAAUAAUUUGUUAAGCAGAAGAAAAGGCAGUGCGACUCCAGAAAAGUACGUCUUUCAACAUUUCGAUGACGUCGGAUCAUACAUGAGGGAUUACCGACAGAAGUACACGUGUCUGGGGGAACAGGAGCUGAUGGAGAGUCCUGUCAUGUCUGAGGAUGGAGACUCAGUAGGUGACUCGGCGUCAACUAUAACAAGGACACCAAGAGAAAUGACGGAGACUCCCGAUCCCGACUUGGAUCCGUCGGUUCCUAUGCCAACAAACAGACAACGAUACAGUAGCCCGUCCAGCGAGGAGGGCGCCGUCUCCAUGACAACGAAUAGUACGUCCGCUAAAGCCCACUCCGUCUCCGGUGCCAGCACCAGUGAGAACACCCUACAAGUUCCCGCCACAACCGGCCUGUCCAAGAUAACCGUACAGACGAACAGACUGCCGGAUCAGCAGAGAGCAGGACCGAGACGUGGUCCUAGUAGGUCAAAACUCAUCGCCAAACCACCCACCGAGAAAACCACUGGUUCAGAAGAUAUCCGAAGACCCAGUUCUGCGGAGGCCGUCUUCCUGUCCCCUGUUGGGGGUUACCUCUCGGCCUCUCCGGCGUUCGGCGCUUUCCGCAAGUACCACCGCAAACAGAACUAUCAACAGGUGGGAAAAGAAAAGCGCCGCCUAGCGGAGAUGUAUGGUAUUGCCAAUCUUAGUUCUCCAGAGGCGCAACAGCUGGAAACUCAGCAGCAGGGACCUUGUGCAUCCCCACGCCUUCUUGUCACAUGUAGAAACGCGCCUGUGGUUAAAAACGGGGCACUAGUUGUGGAGAAGGGAAGCAGUAACCUAUCUACCCCCAAAAUGCCCCCAUGGCCUGUCAGACCAAAGUCUCAGACAUUGAAGCCUGGAUCCAACAGAGCACUGGACGGUUAUGUGGUAUGGGAUGCUAGUGAGGGGAAAUGGACAAUAAACACCACUUAUGUCGCAGCCUUAAUGGCAUAUAACCAAGCCACGCCGGAUGUUGCAAAGAUGCUGAGACAGUACAUGAGUGGAUCUGCCAAAAAAGGACCUGCGACUCUAUGACAAGAUUUCUUUACUACACAAAUCAGUGCUUUAAAAAAAGUGCUAUCAAAAACAAUAAGAAUC